GUCUAUAAUCGUGUCUAUCAUGUAAUCGUGUGUGUGUGUAUCGGACAGCCUGAGAACAUACACCAGAGCUGUCUCUUUAUUUUGUUUUGUUAUUUUAAUACGUGGUUUCUUUUUAAGUGGUGUGAUUCACUGCUGUCUUUCUGACGCUGCCAUGUUGCAGGACCGAGUGGAGUUCGGAUCCUAAAGAGAUCCCAGAAAACAAACAAUCCACCGGGAAUUUUUUUUGGGGAAAUCCAGUAGGAGAACUACCGGAACUUUUCCUUUAUCUUUCGGAUUAAAGCACAUCUACAGAUGAAGUCGGAUCUCAGGCUGCGUUGACUGAGUCAGUGAUCAGAUUUGACGUUUAUGAUUUUAUAAAUGUGUAUGUGUGUGUUUUAACGAUUUCCUGCCGUGAAAAGUGAAGUAAAGAGACAGAAAGAGUGUCAGAGAGAGAGAGAGGAAGAGGAAGAUUGAGGAGGAUGAGUGGAGCUCCAGCGCACAGGAGGCCCCAUAAUGCGAGCUCCAGGCUGCUCUCCGGGCAGGACAACGACACGCUGUUCGCUCACCUGGGCCGGAAAUGCACUACUCUGUCCACGGCCGUGGUGCAGGUGUAUGCAGCAGAUGGAAAUUCAUCGUGGACCAAACGAUGCUGUGGCGUGGCCUGCCUGGUGAAGGACAGCUCCCGGCGAUCGUACUUUAUCAGUGUAUUUGAUCUCAAGGAUGGCCAAAUCUUCGAAGAAGAGCUCUACACUGGCUUUGUGAUGAACUGUUCCAAACCUUUCUUCAUGACCUUUGCAGGAGAGAAGUGUCAGAUUGGCCUCAACUUCGCCGACGACCAUGAGGCAAAAGCCUUCAGAGCGGCGACCAAUGAUCUGAUGACGAGAAGAAGCCGGAAAACCGAACGAAGAACAGAGCCACAAAAUGACCCAGGACCUACACUGCUAAUGGCAACGGUGGACAUCAGGAACCCUGAGAUCAACAACACCCGAUAUAACAACAACAACUUCCAAGUCAACAACCUCCAAAGCAACUUGAGAAAAGACAAGGGCAAAAACAAGAACAAAAAGAAGAAAAUCACAAAGUCGGAGAUCGGCACGCCGAGCAAUUUCCGGCAUAUUGGACAUGUGGGUUGGGAUCCUAACACAGGAUUUGAUGUUAAUAAUCUGGACCCAGACCUGAAGAAGCUGUUUGAUAUGUGCGGUAUAUCCGAAGCCCAGCUAAAAGACAAGGAGACAUCAAAGGAUAUCUACGAAUUUAUCGAGAAAAGAGGAGGAGUGGCGGUAAAGAGUGAGCUCCGGAGACAGGCUCCUCCUCCACCUCCUCCACCCUCCCGAGGUGGUCCUCCUCCACCCCCUGGUCCAUUCUCAGGUGCUCCUCCUCCUCCACCUUCUAUCCAAAGCUCAGGUGGUCCUCCGCCGCCCCCAUCUCGUGGACGAGGAGCUCCACCUCCCCCGCCUCCCUUCAGAGCUCCCAAUUCUGCUCCUCCUCCUCCUCCUCCUUCCAGGCCAGGUGCGGGAUUUCCACCUCCUCCACCUCCAACAAGAGGCCACCUGCCACCUCCACCCAUGCCUUCCUCCAUGAAUCCACCUCCUCCACCUCCCCCACCCUCUGCAGGAGGAGGGGCUCCACUUCCUCCACCUCCACCUCCACCCCCAGGACCACCUCCACUCAAUUCUAUUCUCCCGGGUUCUGAGGAAAGGUCUGGGCUGUUGGAGCAGAUCCGAGAGGGGGCGGCGUUGAAGAAAGUCGAACAAGGGAGCAAGGAGAGCGGUGGGAGGAGCUCACUUUUGGACCAAAUUCGACAGGGCAUCCAGCUCAAAACAGUAGCAGAUGGUACAGACUCGGCUCCUGCAGCUCCGCCCCCUUCAGCAGGAAUUGUGGGAGCGCUGAUGGAGGUAAUGCAGAAGAGGAGCAAAGCCAUUCAUUCUUCAGAUGAAGAUGACGACGACGAGGAUGAGGACUUUGAGGACGAGGAGGAAUGGGAGGACUAGCGCGGCUUUUUUUUAUUUUCUUCCCGGAAGGAAAAAGGAAAACGCUGCACCGUUCCUCGUCUUUGCGUUUCAAUUGCUCUCUAUAAUACCUCGUUUUUGCCUGAAAAACUUUCCUCAUCCUUUUUAUCACUCCAGGUUCCUUCGUCUUUCAGCUUAUCCUCCUCUUCGCAGAUGACCGUCAUUCCCAUCACGCUUUCUUCACUCGUAGAGGGCGAAGGGGUUUUCUUUUCCGACCCUCGUUUCACACAGGGAGAGUCGAAGGAAUUUUCAUACGCCAUCCGUGGUGUCCUUAUUUUUCUUAAAAUCUUAAAUUUUCUAUUUUUACAUACAUGAAACGCGAAAUCUGCUAUGUGAAUAGAGAAAUAUAUUUAAAAAAUAAAAAAUCCUAAAACAAAAAAACAAAAAAAAGAUCAUACUUGAGGAUUUCUUGCAUCAUCUGUUGCCGAAGCACAUGUUAAGGUUGGUUCUGGUUUUCUCUUUAGAGAUGCAGAAAUAUUUGAUUUCUGAUAUUAUGAGAAUUUUAAAUUAAUAAUAAUAAAAAACCUAAAUGCGAGAUCAGUGAGAACUUUAAGUCUUCAUAUGUCAUGCUAAUGACAGCCAUGCUGUGAUACUUUACUAAUUCCUCUAAAGAUCCAGAAUCUGACCACAGGCUUUUAUUUUCCUUUGUUUGGGGAGGGGAUUCAUGUGUAUAUCAAUAAACUGCAGAAAAUUGUUGAAAAUUGUAUUUCAAUUCUUCACUCGAAUAAAUGCCAACAUUUACACAAAGGC